AGAGAGGGAGAGAGAGAGAGAGAGAGUGGUGGUAAAGACAAGCUCCCAAAGUCCAAUUGCACCAUGAUUUUUCCGCAUCCAGAGAAACAGAGUGAUGUAUGGCUCACUUACUACAGAGCCAGUCUUUUAUUUCAAGGAGUAGUGUGUGGACAGAGCCUCGGCAGCAGCACAGGCACGCAUGCGUUAAACUCGGUGAUCAACAUCGCCAUGGGAGCUGGAAAAUCGAUGGGAAGAGAAGGGCAAGAGGGACAUUUUUCAAUGGUCGUGUGGUGCAGUGCUGCACUACUUCUUCUUCUUCUUUGGCCUCAUCGUCAGCUAAGGCGGCUGUGAAGCUGAUUGAUGGAAAUGCAGAGGAAAACGGUAAUGGGAGAUGGGGAGAUGGAAAGGACCAACCUUUGUAUUUGGCGAGUGAGUAUGGGUGGAAAGUGAGGAGAUUGGAGGAGGAUCAAGACGAAAUAAGGAAGGUUGCCCAAAUCCAAGCAGAAGCGUUUCACCAACCCAUGGCCUUCUUUGACGAUUUCUUCUUCCAGUUCUUCCAGGCGGAGGUGCUCGCCGCGCUCAUCUACAAACUGAGGAACUCACCUCCAAGCAGGUAUGCCUGUUUAGUCGCUGAAUCCUCCACGGAUGCUUCUGAAUCGCAACGAAAACUCGUGGGCGUCGUAGAUGUCACGGCGAUGAGAGACGAAUCUGUUCUUCAACACCUCUAUGGGGCAGAGGAAUAUCUCUAUGUCUCUGGGCUUGCCGUUUCGAAAUGCUUUCGGAGGAGGAAGAUCGCUAGCUGUUUGCUCAAAGCUUGCGAUGUGCUUUCGGUUUUAUGGGGUUUCAAGUUUCUGGUCCUUCGGGCUUACGAAGAUGAUUUUGGUGCUCGCAAAUUGUACUCGAAUGCUGGCUACCGAGUUGUCUCCGGCGACCCACCAUGGAUGAGUUAUUGGAUUGGGAGAAGGCGCCGUGUUGUUUUGAUCAAACAAUGUAAUUUCCUUAAUCUUAUUUAGCUUUCAGUCUUAACAGAGGACUGGAGAGUGGAGACACUGUUGAUCAUUGCAAGAAAAGUAUCACUUUAAUGAAAUAAAUGAAAGAAUUUCCUUGUUAAUUACUA